UUUUGCGGUCAUAGAUUGGCGGUUACUGUUUGCUACUGUUCCAUUCUGCGGCUGAGGUACUCCUAUGUAUAAUAUCUGUUUUGCACGUUUGGCCAGCCCUACGUAAUAAUCUUCGUAUUGCUGAGUUUUUCGCUCCCGCUCUGCCCGCCUGUGAGUCGCCUUCCCUGCUUCUCUUCUGCUUCCCUGCUUGUCUUCUCCUUCCCUGCUUCUCUUUUUUUUUUGCUCAGUUGUGUGUGUUUCUUGGUGCUGUCAGGGUUAGAGAGUUGUGUGUUCCUUAAAAUCUUUGUUUGGUAGGGUGUUCCUUCGUUGUUGGUUUGUUGUUGGUUAGUCUUUGAUCCUCAUCAUGUUGUCUUCUCAUGCUGGCCCACUUUUUCCGUUCUGGGCUUGCCCCUGUGUUGUGGUUUUGUUUUUUGCCUACUUUCUGCUGUUUGUGUUUUGCCUGCCUUAUUGUUUUUUUUUACCUCAAAAAUCCACUAGGCUGUACUGCUUUGUUUGAGGUUGCCGGCCCUUGUUAGGGCCUGGGGAGUUUUAUAUUCAUUUUUGUUUGGUUUGCCUUCCUCUUGUUGUGGUGUUUUCCCUGUUGUGGUUGUGGAAGGGUGAGAUGUCAUGGUGGUUUCCGUUAUUUGGUGUGCUGUUACUUGAAAUUUUUCCUCCAUGUUUGAUUAUUGUCCCCCGUCCCUUCCCCUUUCUGUGUGGGUGGAGGAUCGUAUGUUCAUAUUAUGGUGGCAUGUUGUUGUUCCCCAUAAUGAUGCAUUGUUUAUUUGUUCACAAGUGUUUGGAAAGUCUACUUUGCACUCACACCAACCUGCUUUAUCUUUCUUGUAAUUGGUUUAGCCUGCUUGUUCAACGUUUUGAACUUACAAUAUCCUCCAGUUGCUUUGUGUUUGUAUGAUUAUCCUGGUUUGUGGUAGUUUUUAACAACAAAUACAGAGUAGGGUUCAGUUUUGAUUUGGGCCUUGGAUUUGUUCAUGCUGGCCAUCGUGUUCUUGUUUUAUUAAAUGUGCAUAGCGUCUUUCUGUGUCAGUAUGCGAAUUUGUGUAGUGGUUGUUACAAUGGAUAUUCCGAGUCUUAAUCGUGGCAGUGAUUUUUCAAGGUUUGUUUGUUUUAUUAACUGUUAAGCGGCACAUUUAGCAAUGACCACCCGCGGUGGCCGUGGCAGCAUCGUUCCUUUGGAUGAACAGCGAUUGCGGCGGAAUAAACGCCGUCGCUUAUCCAGGAAUGCCUUGAAUGCAUCCCAUAGCAGCGUCAAACCAAUGCCUCCAGUCCCUACUGCCUGCUGUGAACCUAGCCUUUCAGAUUGCAUCCAAGUACGAAUCGGAAUCGGAAUCGGACGACGUCGCAUAUCCUCCAUCGUCUCUGAAAGUCCUGCAGAUCCCUUCGCCUCCGUGGUCUCGGAGAGUGCACCACCAUAUUUAUCGGGCUUGUAGGAUGAUUUGAAAGAGUAUGCAAUCCAAAGGAAAACCACCCUGAGGAAGAAGAAGAAGAAGAAGAAGAAGAAGAAGGUCGUUCCACUAUUCCGGCGGAGGAAGUUCAAGAAGUCAAUACACGUUCCACUGUUCCGGCGGAGGAAGAUCAAGAAGUCAAUACACACUGUGAAUUAAGAGCUACGAAUUAGAGGUCUUCCCUGUUUGUAGAGUACUGGAAAGAUGUGAAGAUUCAGGAAUGGACAACUGGUGAAGCCCACCAUACCAACCACACCAUUUGAGACGAGUACCAUUAUGACAGCUGAGAUCUUAAUUGCCAAUGUGAAGCCAGAAACACAACGGUGGACCUGUCGCCUUACGGUGAUUGAAAAGCAGAAUGUUCGUUCAGCUAAAAAUUCCCCCAUCAAGUUUAUGCCCAUAAUCCUGAUGGACUCCGCUGGGACAAAGGUUCAGGCCACUGCUUUUCAGAGCGACAUCGCCGGGCUUGAUCAACGUCUGACAUUAUACUCAACAUAUCUCAUCUCUAACGCAUAUGUGAAACCGCUGACUGACCUUCGUCACUGCGUCGAUAAAACUUAUGCAUAUGUUUGGUCUUUCAAUCGGAGGACAUUGAUCCAGGAUGUGGCCCCAACUGAAGGAGUUGAUCAUCGUCAGCUGGCUGAAUCAGCCACUAGACCAUUCUGGGAGUUUUACACUUGCUACCUUCAUGAUGAAAAAAUCUGUGUCCUAGCUGCAAUUGUCUCAAAACUACCACGUGCCUUCAUAGUCACUAGCGACGAGCAGAAAGUUGCGUGGGACGUUGUGCUGGUUGAUGAAGAUUGUACACCGAUUCCGCUUACUAUGUGGGAAGAAUUUGUAACGCGUCAUGGUGCAGAAAUUGAAAAACGACUGAACGAAGGGGAGUUCCCUCUUGUGCUCAUCCAAAGGGCUGCUAUUAACCUCUUUCAAGGAAUGUCCCUUUCAACAAGAUUUGAUAGCCACAUGGAACUGAACCCGUCUGGUGAACGCGCCUUGGUUCUGAAAAAAUGGGUCGCCUCUAAUACAUUGAAAAUUACUGAGCUUGUCGUGAAGAAGAAAUACAACGACGCUCUGGUUGACAUUGCCCGACCUAUUUCACAGCCGCGAACAGCGGUUUCAGCUGUAGAGGCUCAACUGAACACGGUUCCUGUGGUGUGGGUGUGUGGGAAGUUCACUUUAGCUGCCAAUCCGGGAAAUGGGUUCUACGUGGGCUGUGAUUACUGUAAUCGCAAGGUUUAUGGAGAUGCUGGCAUAUCAUUCGAGUGUUUGUUUUGUGGACAGAAACAUGGAACGAUGGUUAAGCGGUAUAUUUGCAAUGCCUCUCUUGGUGAUACGCACAGCUGCAUUCCCGUAACUCUCUUCACAAGCGAUAUAUUACGCCUGUUUGAGUACGUAGACAUGAACCCAGAAACUGACAUGGACUUGGAAGCUUUAGAUGCCAAACUGCGUUCUCUAACAUUGCUUACAGGCGUAAAACGGUCAAAAAACAACGAGGAUGGCCUUCAGAAAAACCCAUACAGUAUUGUCUUUGUUGCGAAAGAGGACCCCCCCUAGAAUCUGCCAUGUCCGCAGAUGGUGCGCCCUCAGAAACAUCUGCAGCCACUACCUCUGAUCCUAAAAGGAAGCUGCACUUCAACACUCUGUCCCCCAUCACCGAAACAUACCCUUCUGCACCUGCAAAAGGCCCCCUGGACGCUAGAGAAUCUGAUGACGAACCAAUUGCGAGCACUCGACUCAGGAAGCGUAAAGUUCCUGAUGCCUGAUAUCCACGCUCUACUCUUUUUUUUGUUAGGAUGACACACUGAUUUUCCUUGUCUUAUUUGCUCAUUGCGGUCAUCCAUUUUUUGCUCAAACACUUGACUCAAAAUAGUGACGUAGCCGUCUAGCACUGCACAUGUGCAGUGGUGCAUUGAGUGCACUGUUUUUUUUGCGUUUUGCUCCUCUUUUGUUCAUCUAGGGGAGAUAAUGGUUGUUAUGUAUAUACGAACUCACAAUCAUGUACUCUCAAGGUGUGGUUUAGUACCAUUUUGUAUAUAAAUAAUCGUGGAAAUGGCCGUAGUUUCACUGCCUUAGCUUAUUCUGGAAAAACACAUAUUUUUUUUUCAAAGCCUUUUGUUUAUUUCCUUUUACUCAUUUUCGUCUUCUUUCCUAACGUUAGGAAGAACCCUUGAAAUCCUUAAAAAUAAAAAUUAAUAAUUCAACUACACCUGCCACACUCCCACGUAUUUGAACGUAAAGGCCAUACGUGUGGUUGAGUGAAAUGCGGCCCGGUCCGACCAUGCCCGGUCCCAACUCGUUUCAAAGUAGUCUUUUUAGCUUCAUUUUUUAAAAACUUCCCUACACUAGUAGGGGUAGACUCAGGCCGGGCGGUCUGACCCGGAACCGGUCCGGGUCGUUUUUUUUUUUUUUUUAAACUUUUAAAGUUUUUGGGUUAGUUUAUGUAUUUUGGACCAUUUGAGGUUGUUUGGGGUUGAGUGGGAGGGGUAGGGGGUCAAAUAGGAGAACAAAAAAAACAUGGUCCGUUUAGGCCCGCCCCGGUUUGGCCCAGAACCGGAACCGGCUACCGGCGGUUCGGGAUCGGGUCCCAUUCCCCCCCCCAUUCCAUACAUUGAUUUUACUAGCUCACCCAAUAUAAUAAAUUUUUCCCUAGUGAGUUAAGCCAUUGUUGUUCUCGGUUCUCUAAAAGAUCGGUAAUAUACAUAUAACAUAUUCCGUAUCUUAUUGUGUAAUUUAUAUAUAGUCAUCGAAAAAAACAAAAUAUUAAACAGACUUUUCCUUUAUUGCUUGACCUGUUCCAAUAGACGAGGUGUUAAACAGAUUCUUCCUUUAUUACUUGACCUGUAACGAGUGCCGCCCAAUGCAUGGUAUAGGGGUCCGUACCAACCACCAUAUGCCUCUUUACCUUUCUCCUGCGCAAACGCUUCAGUCUCUUUCCCAGUGAACCGCAACAGCUUCUCAUCGGCCGGUGCCAGCCCAACCCAUCCUCCAGCCUCCUUACCCGCCGCUCAGGUUUUAUGGAUCUUUUUAGCACUUGUUCAGUUGAACGGGCGAGGAUUCCUACCGGUGGUGAAACCCUUACGUACUUCAUGAAUACAAUCCACGGAAGAAAAUUGCUGGUUGCCAUUGUUACCAACACAGGUGCAGGAAAUAGUGCAUGUGAGACAAGUAACGAUUGGAAACAAUUUGUGCGCGCCUCGGGGUGUUACCGCUUCAUGUCAACAAACUUCAGGAGCCAAUCCGAAAUUGAGCAGAAACUGAGCCAUUAUGUUCGCCGGGGUCCAUCAAUGCCUCUAAUCACAGGUUGAAUCUCUUUUGUUUUGCUUCAUUUUUACUAACAUCCUGCACACUAUUUUAGAUUUUAUAUGGACAUUUCCAUCCCUUUUAAUGACUGCCCUAACCUGGCUUAUGUUGUUUAUCCUUGGUGUUUUAGUUUUUUUUUUUAAAUAAAAAAUUCCAGUGUGCCAGAAGACUGACACUUUCCAUUUCCCUGAUGUGAUGCAAUUCAGUGUUGUUUGGUUUACGUUGGACGUACCUGACAUUGAAGUUGUUAAAAUGCCAUCCUGUAUGCACAGGCAUUUGUUUGAGCAUACCAAGUCUUCUGCUCAGCUUCGGUACGGAACCACUUCAUGGGACGUCAGGGUUGAUGAUUGCUCGUUCACCGAGGGGUUUGCUGAAAUGUUCAUGGAAAACAACAUUGAAUUUGGUUCCCAUGUCCUGCUCAGGCAUGUGGGGAAUUUCACGUUUGACGUGUUCAUCUUUGACACUCAGGGCUUUUCUCUAAACCAACCUGGAACUCCUGUGGGUCAUUCAAAUCCUUUGCAUACCCCAAAUGACUUCCUGGUCUGUGUGGAGUCCUCUUUUGAAGAUUGGUCAUACCGCCGGUUAUUUUGCUCUGCCUCUUACCUGUAUGUGCCCAAAAAAAUUCCUGAGACAGAUCGUAUGGGACAAAGACAUCCAAUUCUAGAAGAUGAAGUCAAAUAUCGCUACAAUAGUGUCAUAAUGCAUUAUAGAAAAUCAUUAUACAAGACAAUGCCCAGAGAUGACAAAUCUGGCGCAACUGAUAGUAAAGGGCGUUCAGAAUCUACUGUUGGACCUGGAAUGCCCAAUCCUUUUGAAUUGAAAAUUUAGAGCAAUUGAUAGUAAAGGGCUUUCAGAAUCUACUGCUGGACCUGGAAUGCCCAAUCCCUUUGAAUUAUCAGCCAUGUCUGGCCUCCUUAAUUUGAUACAUGGAACCUGUCUUUUCUCACACCCCUAGGAAUAAAAGACGGUCUGCAAAAAACAACAAGGAACAUAGCAUUGAAUAUUGUGCAGUUUUUCUAUAAAGUUUGAAUCAAGUGCAGAUGGAUGGAUGAGUGUUGGCUUGGCGUUAUGAUGAAUCAAGAGUAUUUUGCACACGUUUAUGAGUAGUAAGGACUAGGGAGUAGUAUUACAUAAUACUGUCGUAUGUUAUCAUGUUGUUUUGAUUGAGUUCGUGAGGCUUUGCCAUGUAUUUGUGUGAUAAUUUUUUUAAGCUUUUAGCGAUGAUAAACUUAUAACAAGAUGGUAAUUUGUAUGGUAUUCAUUAUGAAUAUUGGCAAUUUAUUAUUUAAUUCUUCUUGGAAUUAUGAUA